AUGGCCUCAGCCGCACCCCUGGUGGACCUCCCAAGAUCCAAGUCAGAGUCCAAAUCACAGCUGUCAGCAUCUACAUCCAGCCCUGCCAAGACAGCGGAAAAGGUUCAAGCACGGCCGACCGUUGAGCACGGGCAGUUGCUGCCUCACCAAGACCAGUUCGUCCAUCCGCCGCAUGUCAUCCCACGCCCAAGUUAUCCAAAUGUACAUACCCUCGUCAUUGUAUGCUGCCACGCCAUCUUCUUGCCCAACGCCGAUACUCCCCAUCUUCCGCUCUUCAGUCCUUAUGAUGAGUUCAAUUGGCUUCUUGCUCCCUUCCAAAAGGCACAUGUCGCUGCUGGUAAACCCGGCGAGCACCAGACUUUUGUAUCACACAUCAAAGCCGGCAUCGAUGCCUUGACUGUGGGCACAGACGCCAACCACCCCAUCUCAAGCAUCCUUGUCUUUAGUGGCGGUGCUACCAAACGCGCAGACACGCUGAAAACAGAGGCCCGGUCCUACUAUCAUGCAGCACUCGCAGCAGAACUAGCCGAAGGCCACUUGGGCGGUGGCCGUGCUUACAAUUUGUAUAAGAAGGGAUACAUAUUGCUAGAAGAGGAAGCCACUGAUUCGUUCCAAAACUUGUUGUUCAGCAUCCUGCGAUUCAGGAAUGCCACGGGCAGAUACCCCAAGCAGAUUCGUGUCAUCACUCAUGCUUUCAAAGCGAGGCGCUUCCUGGAAUUGCAUGCUCCAACAAUCAAAUGGCCCAAGAACCGCAUCCAGGUUCAGGGUAUUGAUCCAAUUAUGACACAAGAUGCAUUGACAAGUAGCCUCCUAGGAGAAGAGAAAUCUGGAUAUGCAGCGUGGAAAGAGGACCCCAUGGGCACUGGCACCCUACUUGGCGGCAAGAGGCAACUACGAGGCUGGAAUGCUAGCACAGGAGCAAAGCAUUUCAAGCAUCUGGAAGAGAGCGUCAAACAGCUGUUCCAAGGGGAAGUCUCUGAUGAAUUGCCUUGGAUUGAGUGA